AUGACCGACUUUAAUCAUUCUAAUACAAAUAAUGGGAACGAAUGCUCCAAAGACAGUUUUACUGACAUCUCCAUUAACAGCGUCACUCUGCUCAUCUGCCUGUUGGGGCUCAUGGGGAAUGGGACCGUCCUCUGGUUUCUGGGCUUCCGCAUUAAAAGGAACACCUUCACUGUCUACAUCCUGAACCUAGGCAUUGCUGACUUUGGUUUCCUUCUCUUCCUGGGUGUUUCCCUUACAAUGAAUAUGAUGAAUCAUUUCUUCUGUUUGGAUUUAGAAUGGAGGCCUUUUCUGCUGCUGUUUCUGUUCACAUACAACACCAGCCUGUAUCUCCUAACAGCCAUCAGUAUUGAGAGGUGUAUCUCGGUCUUCUUCCCACUCUGGAGCCGAUGCCGCCGCCCAAAGCCUUUGUCUGCCCUGGUGUGUGCCUUGCUCUGGGUUUUCUCCUCCCUGCUAAUUGGACUAGUUUGUCAUUUUUGUCUUCUUAAUCCGGAUAAAAAGUGUUUAGUGACAGUCAUAUCCAUGAAUAUUUUCAAUUUCCUAGUUUUCACUCCCAUCAUGGUUCUGUCCAAUCUGAUCUUGUCCAUCAAAGUCCGAUGUAGCUCCCAGCGACGUCAGCCAAGAAAACUCUAUGCUGUUAUCCUACUCACCAUCCUCUUUUUCCUUGUUUUUGCUGUUCCUCUCAGCAUUCAGUGCUUUAUGCUGUAUUUUAAUUACUUCUUAUUCUCCAAUGAGACAUGCUUCAUGCUGGCGUCACUAAACAGCAGCAUCAACCCAGUUAUUUACUUCCUAAUUGGGAGCUACAAAAAACGGCGAUUCCAGGGGUCUGUUAAAGUUGUGCUCCAGAGGGUCUUUGAGGAGAAGGCAGAUAUCAGAGAGGAUGGAGAGACUCAGAGUGCAAACCCAAUGGAAAUGGCUACUUAA